GUAAAAACAUCAGCGAUUUUUUUCUUCCUGGGUCGACUCUUCAUCGACCAUUUUGUGUUCUGCAAUUUUUUUUGCCCGAAGAAAAUUUCUCUCGUCGAUAUCUCCGACCAGAAAUCAGUCGCCAUAGUCGUCACCUCCGGUCCGUUAUGGCGAAGCAUCGUCGGUUCUUUUUUGGUGAAACCGACAUGUCGGAGUACGGUGGUAAUUGGAUAGUGCAGCCUCUUCCAAAAGACAAUGGCCCUCUUAAUACUCUUGAGGAGUCUUUUGCUAUGUUUUGCCGAGGUUUGUCUAUGUACAGUCCUUUCUUGGAUCAUGUCUUGUCGUAUUGGAAAGCUUACCAAGAGAAUCCAGAUCAGACCAUGUUCCUCAAGUACGAGAAGAUGAGAGCUGAUCCUUUGCCGUAUGUGAAGAGAUUAGCAGAGUUUAUGGGAUGUGGAUUCACAGCUGAGGAAGAGAAGGAAGAAGCUGUUGAGAAAGUUGUGAAUCUUUGCAGUUUCGAGACGCUUAAGAAACACAUAGAAGGCAUUUCCUUCUAGCUUUUAUCCGAAAAGUGCAUACUUCAGAAAGGGAAAGGUCAGAGAUUGGAGCAAUUACUUGACUCCGGAGAUGGCUGCUGGAAUCGAUGGAUUGAUGGAAGAGAGAUUCAAGGGUACCGGUUUGCUUCAAAUUAAUCUUUGUUUCAAAUUUAUUUUUUUAAAUAUUUUUAUUCUUUAAGAAACUUUAUGAAAGUUUUACCAAUGCACCAUUAAAAGUAAUGAGUUUCUUA